CUCCCGUCCUCCCCCCUCUUCGAUUCCCCAUUCCGGAGGCUUACCCUGCGGCGAGCGGCGAGCGGCGAGCGGCGGCGGCGGCGGCGAGGGGAGAGGGUUCCGUUCCGCGGUGUUGGCGGAGAUGGCGGCUGCGGCGAAGUACAACAGGGGAAACCCGGCCGUCAAGCGGAUCCUUCAGGAGGUUAAGGAGAUGCAGUCCAACCCAUCCCCCGAUUUCAUGGCCCUGCCCCUCGAGGAGGACAUCUUCGAGUGGCAAUUUGCGAUCCAGGGGCCACGAGACAGUGAGUUUGAGGGUGGAAUCUACCAUGGAAGGAUCCAGCUGCCCUCGGACUACCCGUUCAAGCCACCAUCAUUCAUGCUGCUCACGCCAAGUGGAAGAUUUGAGAUUCAAAAGAAGAUUUGUUUGAGCAUCUCCAAUUACCACCCUGAGCACUGGCAGCCAUCAUGGAGUGUGCGCACAGCUCUUGUAGCCUUGAUUGCAUUCAUGCCAACACCAGGUGGGGGGGCAUUGGGUUCAUUGGACUACAAAAAGGAAGAUAGACGGGCACUAGCUACCAAAUCACGUGAAGCACCACCAAAGUUUGGCUCUCCAGAACGCCAGAAAGUAAUUGAUGAGAUCCAUGAGCAAAUGCUCAGUAGGGCUCCCCCUGUUCCUCAGCUUCUGACAAAUGAAACCAACACGGAGACUAACCAAUUGCCUGCAUCCGAUACUUCUGACGAGCAUGCACACAAGGCAGUUGAAGGCGUGAACACAUCUGGGUCCAGCUCAGGCUCUAUUGAUAAUGACCUUCCAAGGCCUGAUUCUGAGUCUGAAAUUGCACAAAACAUUGUUGAAGCUCCGGCAGAAGGGGUUACCAACCAUUCAAGAACCAACACGAGCAGAGAAAGCAUUCCAGGAAUUGCUCCAACGCAAUUGAAUCCUGUUGUUGAAAUCCAGAAGCCAAAGCAUGACAGAUUAUUGACCUUAGCCGCAUUUGGGCUUACUCUUGCUAUUAUGGCCCUUGUUAUCAAGAAAUUCUUGAAAAUCAAUGGUCUGGCUGGUUACAUUGAGGGCAAGUUUUAGGUAGGUUUGUGCAUAGAUUGGAUAAGAGCUACCCAAAUUCGUUGUCUGAGCGGCUGCUAUGCUUACUAUAAGUUAUAAGAAUUGUAAAUGGUUUUAGUUAUAGAUGAAGGUGAACUGGGACGGUGGUACUACCAGUACCGUAUUGUAUAUGCAGUACACUUGAUGAAAAUCGCUAUAGUAUCUUACAUUACGUUUGUUA